AUGAUCGAGUUCAAGGGCCGCAGCGAGUCAAUCUUUAUAGUUACUGUGGUUUUCUUGGGGAUAUCUUUCAUUGCCGUAUGCCUACGAUGCUUCGUUCGGCUGCGGCUGGUGCGGGCAUUUGGGUGGGAUGAUGCGCUGAUGGUUUUCGCUAUGGGCUUGGAAAUUCUGUUUGCGUUAUGUGGAAUUACUGGCUCAUUGUACGGCAUGGGCCAGAAACUCGAGCAACUGGAAGAUGGCUAUCUUGAAACCGCCCUUUUUGUAAGUACACUGGCUAUCACUUCGGAUGAUCUUGCUUACACGGAGAAGUGGUGGUGGCUAGGUCAAACGAGCUACGUCGUGACAGUUGUUGUCGCCAGGAUCUCCAUUGCGUUGGCCCUCCUCCGUCUUACUGUUUCCAAGGUACACACAAUUCUACUGUGGUGUGUAGUAGGCGUGUCGAUCAUCGUGGGCCUUGUUUUCUGGUUUAUGUUGACCUUCGAGUGCAAACCGGUGGCACACUUCUGGCAGCGCACCAAGCCUGGACACUGCAUGUCUAUCGAUAAACUCCUCGACAUUGCGUACGUAUACAGUGUCACUGCGAUGAUCUGCGAUUUCACGCUUGGCCUGCUACCUAUCUUCUUGGUGUGGAAACUACAGAUGAGUCGACAAACUAAGGCAGCGUUGGCGGGUAUCCUGAGCUUAGGCUGCAUUGCCAGCGCAGGUGUCAUCGUCCGUAUCCCUUUCCUUCCCACUUACAAAGACACUGAGUUCCUCUACGCAACGACUCAGAUAUCUAUAUGGUCUAAUGUCGAAGCGGGCCUCGGAAUUACAGCCGGCUGCCUCGUCACCCUUCGCCCUCUCUUCCGCUGGUUGGGCGGAACUAGCUACUCUCCCACACGCAGCAAGAGGAAUACCGGGAGUAUGCCGCUGUCGAGUAUGAACGGCGCCGGUAAACAUCCCUCGCGAAGCGAACAUACCACAAACUCGACCAAAUUCUGGCGCCCGGAUCUGAACCCUGACGACACUAGGGCUAUUGUUACGACCGUGCAGACAGCCCAGGGAAGCCCGAACAGCAGUCAGGAAAACCUCAAUCCGAAGCCAGGCGCAUGGGACGGGGUCAAUGUACAUAAAUCAUUUGUUGUCACGACGGAUGAGGCCUAG